AUGUCGUCCGCCGCCGUGCCCGAGAAGGCCCCCGACGACUCGUCCAAGCUCAGGACCUUUCUCUCCAUCCUGCGAAAGUUUGUGGGUGUGACAGAUAUCGCAUCCGUGCGGUUCUCAUUGCCGGCCCAACUAUUAGAGCCCCGACCGAAUCUAGAAUACUGGAACUACUUGGAUCGACCGGAAACCUUUGCCAGCAUUGGCAAGUCGGACGAUGAAGUGGGCCGGAUGCUCGAGGUGUUGAGGUUCUGGUUUACCAAGGACCUGAAAUACAUCAAGGGAAAGCCAUGCAAGCCUUACAACUCGACCUUGGGGGAGUUCUUCCGGUGUAGCUGGGAGGUGCAAGACUUUGUCCCCGAGGAAGCCAAUCUCCCCGGUGUCACUGCCACCAGCAAUGGCACCAACGUCCAGGAUGGCGAUGAGAAAGUCAAGGUCUGCUAUUUGACCGAGCAGACCUCGCAUCACCCCCCGGUCUCGGCCUUCUACAUUGAAUGCCCGGAGCGCGGGGUGUCCGCUCGCGGGUUCGACCAGAUCAGCGCCAAGUUUACCGGCACCAGCAUUCGGGUGAGCCCCGGCCAGCACAACCUGGGCAUCUUUGUCAACAUCGAAAAGCGAGACAACGAGGAAUAUCAAUUGACCCACCCCCACGCUCACCUCGGAGGCCUGCUACGGGGUGCGCUGGCCAUCACCGUCUCGGAUGCCUGCUACAUGACCUGCCCCAAGACUCGCAUCAAAGCGAUCCUGCAGUACGUGGAGGAGGGCUGGAUCGGCCGGUCGCAACACAAGCUAGAAGGCGUGAUCUUCCGCUACGAUCCCGACAACGACAACAUCACAAAGCUGAAAGAUGUAGCCGAGAGCGACGUUCUUGCCCGAAUCAGCGGGUCCUGGCAUGGCAAGAUCUACUACACCCCCGCGGGCUCUAAGGAACCCCGUCUGCUCAUCGACAUCACGCCGCUGCACCCCGUGGACAAGAUCCUGCCUCCAGCCGAGCAACAAUUACCGAACGAGUCACUCAAGUUCUGGGGCCAAGUCACCAACGCCAUCGUCGACAAGCAGUUCACGGAAGCGACCCGGAUCAAGCAGGAGAUCGAGGAGCGGCAGCGUCAGAAAGCGGCCGAGCGCAAGGAGAAGGAGGAGGAGUGGAAGCCGCGCUUCUUCAUCGGCGCCGUGACCCCGCUGGGCAAACCCGAACUAACGGCGGAGGGCCAGAAGGCUCUGGAGGGCGUUCGGACUGGGAAUUACGCGUUGGAGGAAGGCCCCGUGCAGGGCGCAUAG